CUCUUUUUCCUCCAGGAAGUGUUGAUUGUUGUGGAUUAUCGGUGGUUCACAGCAGUCAACAUGGCAGAUACAGAAUUUUUUCUGAAGAAACACAUGUGUAAACUUAUACAAAAGAUAAGAAAUCCAAUUGAACUGGCUGAUAAGCUGUAUGGCAAGAUCACUGAUCAAAUGUAUGCAAACAUCAAAUCCCAGAAAACCAGUCAUGACAUGGUCCGUGAAAUUUAUGGCUGUCUCAAUAGCAAAACACCCUGUGACAUCACAUAUGAUUGGUUGAAGAAGAAUGAAUCUGAACUUCUUGAAGAUCUGGAAAAGAGUGACACUGAGGCUGAAGCACCACAGAAAAAACGAGCCAGACUUGAGAAUGUGGAUGAAACGGAUAAUAACCUUGCGGGAUUUUCUGAUCUCAAGGAGAUAUCCACCUUCGCCAAACUAGAACGCUGGGUGUCCAAUCCAAAAAUCAGCCAAAGUCUGAUUAGUGACUUGGAGGGAAAACUUGGUGAUAAAGGCAUGGAAGCUUUGAAAAAAGAAUUACAGGACAGAGAACCAAAAAAUAGCUUAUGCUUCAAACCUAACGAUAUUGAUGCGAUCAGGAAAAAUAAGGAACUUAAGAAAUUUUUCAACACAACACAGAGCGAAAAAAUUCCUAAAUUGACAAUAAGUAUGUUUUUUACGAAACCUGGAUCUGCUUCAUUAGGAAAUAAAGCUCAAAGCUGCACUGAUGAUGAUGAGCGCAUGGACACAACUGCAGAUUUAAGCAGCAGUGGAUAUGAAUCUUUAUUAAGCUCAAGUCUUAAUGAUAGCUGCUCCAAACACAGUUCAAACUAUUUGCCACAAAAUGAUGAAAGAUUACCGGAUGAAGAUGUCCUCACUGGGCACAGUCACACUGGAGGCAUGGAUAUUAUGAUUCAUGAGAAUAAAGACAAUGGAAGUCAGUCCAAAGCCACUGAACAGCUCCAUGAUGAAUCAUUCAUCCAAAUGUACCAUAACGUCAAAGCUGGUGCACCAUCACAGGAACUUAUGAGCAUGCAGGAUACACACGUUGAUGGGAUGGAAGAGCCAUCUCAAAGAUCAAAUCUGCCAACACAUGAAGAUGAGUUAAUCACCAAAAAAGAAAUGCCACUAGAAAAUGUACUUGGAAGCAUGAACAGGCAGGAUACACACAUUGGUGAGAUCAACAAGGAACCUCAAAGAUCAAAUGUUCCUAAUGUCCUAAAUAAUGGAGCUAUAUCGCUGUUCCAAAAUCUUCCAAUUACCAGAAAUGAAACACCACUAGAAGACAGAUGUGGAAGUGCAGACUUGCAGGAUACAUAUGAUGGUGAGCUAGAUGAGGAUCCUCAAAGCUCAAAUAUUCCAAAGAAUGGGGGUAUAUAUCUCGACAAAAAUUACCCAAUCACCCAAAAAGAAAUGCCACUAGAAGACAGAUGUGGAAGCAUGGACACGCAGGAUGCAAAUGAUGAGAUGAAAGAGCCAUCUCAAAGAUCAAAUGUUCCAACACAUGAAGAUGAGUCAAUCACCAAAAAAGAAACACCCCUAGAAAAUGUACUUGGAAGCAUGGACAGGCAGGAUACACACAUUGGUGAGAUCGACAGGGAACCUCAAAGAUCAAAUGCUCCUAAUGUCCUAAAGAAUGGAGAUAUAUCGCUGUUCCAAAACAUUCCAAUUACCAAAAAGGAAACGCCACUAGAAGACAGAUGUGGAAGCAUGGACAUGCAGGAUACACACGAUGAGAUGAAAGAGCCACCUCAAAGAUCAAAUAUUCCAACAAAUGAAGAUGAGUCCAUCACCGAAAACGAAACACCACUAGAAAGUGGAAUUGGAAUCACAGACAUGAAGGAAAUGCACAUUGAUAAGAUGGAUGAGGAACCUCAAAGAUCAAAUCUUCCAAUGCCUGCUGCAUCUCUGCACCAAAAGGAGCCAAUCAUCAAAAGCAAAGUGCCAGGAAAUAUGCAAGCAAAUAUGCAGGUUAACCCUGAGCCUUCGUCUGCAGAGCAGUUGCAGAAGAACAGUUCAGGUUCAGCAUUUGAGUAUACACAAAGCAGUGGCACAGAGAUACUGGCACAAAAUAAAGACACAGCCAUACCAUGUCCAAACAGAGAUGAGAAAGGUUGUAUCAAAACUUCAAAAAAGCAGCAAACAUCAAAAAAACAGAAGGAAAAGAAGAAAGAAGAAAAGAAUAAACUGCUUCGGGAAUGGGCAGUGAGACAAUGUAAUGACCAUAAGGAAGACUUACAGAACAUACGUGAGCAGAUCUCAAUUAUAAACAUGGCAGAACACACUGAUUAUCCAUGCUUUACUGCUGAAAAGGUCAUGGUGUAUAAGUACUUAACUCCUGAGAGCCAAAUUAUCUUUAUUGCUGAUGAUAACACCUCUAUCAACACUAUGACUAAGGUCCAUUAUAUCAUGUUUGUGUGUAACAUCAAGAAAGCAAUAGUCUUGGGUCCUAAAAAACCUAAUGAACAAGAGAUUGUUCAUUAUGAUGAAUCUGAAGUGCCCAUAGAUAAGUGUAGAAAGUUUAUUGUCCAGGCAUUCGCUCCUGCUCUUGCUGUGUACAAAAAGAUUCAGAAAGAAUCUCUCAUCUGGGUUCAGUGAAAAAUCUCAAAACCUGUAAACAUUCAUAUCAGUACCAGACUGUAUCAUUAUAGAUCAUGUCAAGUUUAUUUGUAUAGCGCUUUUUAAAAGACGUCGCAUAGCAGCUUCACAGAAAAUUAAAGACUUUAAACAUGAGCUAAUUUUAUCCCUAAGUUAUCCCUGAUGAGCAAGCCUGUGGCGACGGUGGUGAAGAAAAACUCCCUCAUACGACACGAAGUAGAAACCUCAAGCGGAACCAGACUCAAAAGUGAACCCAUCCUCAUCUGGGUGAUAACAGAUAGCGUGAUUAUACAUAACUCACUUCUAUAACUGUGUAAACAGAAAAAUCAUUAUAGUUUUAAAGUCUGUUUUGUUGAAGCUACUGUAUAAACUGGUUCUUUGAUGGAAAUUUGAGUGCAAAACUGUUCAUGACAACUGCAGUCCUAAAGUUAAAUUUAACUGAAGUCCUCAGCCAUAAAAACAUUACUGUAAGUGUCCAGAGUGUCUUCCAAGUGCGACUUUCGACUGUCCAUAUGGGGCCGUCCUCCACAGGAGCGAUGUGAUGAGCCAGACAUAGGGCAUCAGGAUGGAUCAAGCAGGUCCGAGGAGCAGAAGAGGUCAGCAUCACUGGUGUCUCAGGAUUGACAUGCAACUAUGAUAUAUACCUCCCUGCUCUACCUCUCUGCUCUUAAAGACUAUCUGCAGUCAGUGACCUUUUAAAGAUUUAAAAUAAAAAAAACCACAAAACUGUU